UCUAUUAUUAUACGAAUUUUUUGUUGAUACGUUGUGUUAUGUUGCCCAAUGUUAAGUUUUUUUUAUAUUAUACAUUGUUUUUCUUAUAAAUAAAUAAUUAUGAAUCAAAAUCAGUUUUAUCAGGAUAAUACUUCUUUUUUUGUCCCUGAUGAGAAACUAGACUUUCAUUCUAGCCCGUAUUCUAAUUAUAAUCAGAACUUUGACGAUUAUUCGCAACCAGCUCAAUUCAAUACGACAUCAUCAUGGAAUCAACAGUCUACUACUAAUUUUACUGGCGAAGAUGACGAGCCACCGCUUCUUGAAGAACUUGGGAUAGAUGUCAAUAAAAUAUUUACGCGGUUAUUACAUUCACUUGAUCCUACUGGCAGAUGUGGUGUAGUUUUGGGCGACUAUGAUGUAAUUGGUCCUAUUGCUUUAUAUUUAACAUACACUUCAUUAUUACUAUUAGCCGGUGGAAAAUUAAUGUUUAGUUAUGUUUAUGGUCUCGCAGUGUUAACUUCAGUUUGUAUGUAUGCAUUACUUUGGGCAAUGACUGAUUCACCUGAAGUAACAUUAACUUCCACUUUCUCUGUAUUGGGAUAUUCAUUCACACCAGUAGUUCUAGUUGCGCUACUUGCUGUUUUCACAAACCUCAAAAAUAUUUUUGGUGCUCUUGUGGUUCUUUUAGCUGUUUUAUGGAGUAGUACAAAUGCUGCCAAAGUCUUUGUAGCUAUGUUUGGUAAUGCUGAUCAAAAGUAUUUGAUGGCUUACCCUUGUGCGAUUAUAUGUGGUCUUUACACUUUAUUUAUACUAUACUAAAUAAUUUAUAAAAUAUAUAAAUGUUAAUUAAGCAAUGUAUUUAUAAAAAUAAAAUUAAAUGUUGACACUUUUGUAUAAUGCUUUAA